GGUGUGGAAGUAGUGGUGUUUCAGAGAGCUUUCUACAUUAUUUCUAAUUGGAAAAUCUCAUUUCAGGUUCUCAGCAACAUUCAUACAGUCAGAGCCACAUGGCAGCCUAAAAAGCCCAGAACAUGGACCUUUUCUCCCCAGGUUACUGGGACUUUGCCAUGCUUGCUUGAUGGUGAUUGUUUUAUCAGGUCCAAUUCUGCAUCUCCCGAUCUUGGAAUAUUAUUUGAACUUGGAAUUUCUUAUAUUCGUAAUUCAACUGGUGAAAGAGGAGAACUAAGCUGUGGCUGGGUGUUUCUUAAACUUUUUGAUGCCAAUGGAAUUCCUAUUCCAGCAAAGACUUAUGAGCUCCUCCUGAACGGUGGCACCCCUUAUGAAAAAGGUGUGGAAGUGGACCCUUCCAUCUCCAGAAGAGCACAAGGGAGUGUUUUCCAUCAGAUGAUGAUGAGGAGGAGGCAGCCGCAGCUUCUAGUAAAAGUGAGAUCUUUGAACAGAAGAUCAAGAGACCUACUAAGUUUACUGCCGGAAACAUUAAUUGGAAGCAUGUCCUACAUUCAUUUGUUGAUAUUUUAUCGCCAAAUUCUUGGAGAUGUACUCCUAAAAGACAGGUUGAGCAUGCAAAGUGCUGAUUUAAUCAGUAAUCCCGUACUGGCCACCUUCCCCAAGCUCUUGGAGCAGCCUGACAUAAUGGAUGCGCUCAGGAGUUCGUGGGCUGAGAAAGAAAGUACAUUAAAAAGAUCGGAGAAGAGAGACACAGAGUUCCUGAAGGCUGCGUUUCUCCUAGUUUACCACGACUGCGCGGUGCCCCUUCUCCACUCCACACUCCUGCCCCCGUUCAGGUGGGCAGAAGAAGAGACCGAGGCCGCGCGGUGGAAAGUCAUCGCGGACUUCCUGAAGCAAAACCGAGAAAACCAGGGCGCCCUCCCAGCUCUGCUGUCACCAGAGGGUGUCCAUGAACCUUUCGACAUUUCAGAGCAGACCUACGACUUCCUGGGUGAGAUGAGACAGAAAGCAGCCUGACUGGUGGCCCGUGGCCCUCUGGGACCACCGUGCUGCCCACCAUAAAGUGCAGCCAGAAGUAACCGUCCCGUCGAACUUAGCUUUACUCGUCCUUGUGUGGACCACAUUUUAUAAGAAAUACCCAUCUGGUCAUGUGAAUCUUUUAAUAAAUAAGUUUUUUAUAAGGA